UUUCAGGCGCACGUUCUACUUCCUUUCCGCCUGCACGCGCUGUAUAGUGAACACGCGACCCUCUUUCUCCGUUAGAAUGCGUUACGUAGCUGCUUACCUGCUGGCUGCCCUCGGUGGCAAGGAAAACCCCAACGGCGCCGACAUCAAGAAGAUCCUGGACAGCGUCGGCAUCGAGGCUGACGGCACCCGCCUGCAGAAGGUUGUGUCGGAGCUCAAUGGCAAGCGCGUCGAGGAUGUGAUCGCCCAAGGUUACGGUAAACUGGCCAGCGUGCCAUCCGGUGGCGCCGUUGCCGUUGCAUCAUCUGCUGCUCCUGGUGCCGGUGGAGCCGCAGCACCUGCAGCCGCCGUUGAGGAGAAGAAGGAGGAGAAGAAGGAAGAGUCCGAGGAAUCCGACGACGACAUGGGAUUCGGAUUGUUUGACUAAACGGUCUAAUCGGGACCAAAAUAAAACGUUUGUUUAAAAAGCA